AUGUCGCAGCCUUUUUCAUACAACCCCCCGCCUACGUCGAGCGGCCGACCGACGACGUCGACGGGACCCCGACCUGGCACUUCAAAUCCUUUCCGCCAACUCGUCGAACAGCAGCAGCAGCAAGGUCAAACAGGAGCAGGAGAAGGAGGAUAUCUUGACGGGUCUAGCCAACCACCGCCCACCUACAACUCACGCAACCCAUACUCUAACUACGGAUACGACGCUUCGGAGAGGCCGCCACCAUCAUCUUACGGUACCCGGCCACCACAGUCGUCAUACGGGUUUGGAAGGGGAGGAGGGGGAAGGGGGUAUCCCGAAGACGAUUAUGAAGAAGAGGAGAGCGACGACGAAAAUGUGUUUGCUUUCCUACCACCCACGACCGCCGAUUUGGAGGAAGAGAAGAGGAGGAAUGAAGAGGAGGAAAAUCGGAGGAGAGAGCAGGAGAGGAUCGCUGCGGCGCAGGGGCAGCAGCAAGGUGACGGGGGUGUACAGCUGCAUUUGGGUUUGCUGGGCGCUGCUGGAUUGCAUCAACAUUAUCAACAGCAACAACAGCCGCAAGCCUCAACGUCGAUGAUGAAGCCUAUAACAGAUGAAGACCGCGCGAGAGAUUGGGAGGAGGAAGAGCGGAGGAGGAUUCGGGAGGAGCACUCAUUUGCCUUCUCGGUGGACACUCAGCCUGGACUAGGUGGGACUGCGGAGCCAAGUCCUACGCAUUCGACAGGGAGGAGGAAACAAUACCCGCCAACCGCUGAUUCAGAGGACUACGGCGGACCAUCGUACGAUCGCUCGCAGUUUACAUUCGCCUAUGCACCCCCCGUCACACCGCCCAGCACGGACAGCAACGGACCCAGUCGCGCUGGGCUGGGAACGUCUGAUCAGGAUGGCUUUAAGAUGACCAGACUUGACAGGGAUGGCAGACGGAGCGUGGAUGAGAGUUCGCGGAGGAAGAGCGGUGAACCUGAGCGCAAAAACAGCGAUGGGCGUUUGCAGGACGAGGAGAAGUAUAGAGAAGAUGAUAGUGUGACCGUUGCUUCGUCAGGGUUGGCAAGUCCGAAAGGGAAGGAGAACGAGGACCUGGAGGCGAACAGGACGGGGGUGGCCAAGGAGGUGAAGGAAGAGGAAGGAAGACCGGAGCCCGGCGUCUUUGGGAGGCAUUGGCAACAUUUCCAACCGAAUCCUGCGCGCUACAACUCGAAUUCGGGCCCAUACAAGAUGCACAGGGAGUACUAUUAUAACCAAGCUUACCCGCAGUAUGCGAAGAGUCGAGCCGGGUCAUCCGGUAUGGACAACUCUACCAAGGCUGGGGGGAGCAGCAGGAGGAGAAGGAGGAGACGUCAUCCACCUGGUACCGCCGACACGAAUGCAACAGGGAUGUCGACCGCGACGAGCGAGUAUCUGGCGUCUAGCGAGUACACCGAUAUGCCUGGCUCGACGAAGGAUCGCCCUGGUACCGGCUUCGACAGCUUGGGAUAUCUGAAGGAAACGAGUCAGAGCGAACUGGAUGAAUAUGACGAGGAUGAUUACGACGAGUACGAUGGGGAGAGUCGGGAAGGGAGCAUUAAGAUGCAAUUCGAUUUCGACGACAUUGAAGACGAGGAUAGUCCCUACCCUGAGGUCCGCGCCAGUGUGUCGAACAUCGACGAUCCGGACAUGCCAGCAAUGACCAUCCGAAUGUGGUUCAUUGGACUGGUGCUAUGUACAGCUUCGAGUGCCUUGAACGUGUUCCUGAACUUCCGGUACCCUGCACCUGCUGUCACCCCACUUGUGCUCCUACUCCUUGCCUACCCCAUUGGAAAAUUCCUGGCAUUCACCCUACCGAUUACCACCUACCGCAUCCCUCUCCCUUACAUCCCAUCUCGCCUUGUUCCUUCCAACCUGCCUAACGCCCUCUCCCGCGUCCUUGCACCUCUCACCUUCCAACACGCCAUCGAAUUCAGUCUGAACCCCGGUCCCUGGAACAUCAAAGAGCACGUCCUCGUGUACAUCAUGGCCAACGUCGCUAUCAACUCGCCGUAUGCCCUCAACGCCAUUGUCGUCCUCGAGGUCUUUUACGAGUUCCCCACGGGCUAUUGGUUCUCUAUCGUCCUCGUGUUGGCUACGCAAAUGACUGGAUUUGGCUUGGCCGGAAUGUGUCGCCGGUUCUUGGUCUGGCCUGCGAGCAUGGUGUGGCCUCAGAAUCUCGUGGCGUGUACGUUACUGAAUACGUUGCACGCUGAGGAUGAGGACGAUGGUAUUGGGAUGCUUGGCGGGCCUACGCUGGAGGAUGAUCCAAACACUGAAGGCGGGAGGAGGAGGAAGCGGGGCAUGUCUAGGUACAAAUUCUUCAUCUGGACAACGUUGGGGGGUUUCUUGUUCUACUUCCUACCUGGCUACCUCUUCCAAGCGCUCUCUUUCUUUUCGUUUGUCUGCUGGGCCGCACCGAAUAACGUCGUGGUCAAUCAACUGUUUGGCGUUUCAUCUGGAUUGGGUAUGAGUAUGUUGACAUUCGACUGGUCGCAAAUCACUUGGAUUGGAAGUCCGCUCAUGGUCCCUUGGUGGGCCGAGGUCCAUGUUUUUGUUGGCUUCGUCCUCUUCUACUGGAUCCUUACCCCUAUUCUUUACUAUACCAACUCAUGGCAGUCCGCAUACUUCCCCAUCAGCGCAUCCUCCCCUUACGACCGCUUCGGCAACCGCUAUGAUAUCGCCCGCGUCCUCAAGCACGAUGAUACCUUUGACCUGGAAGCCUACGAAGCUUACUCGCCGCUCUUCCUACCCGCUACUUUCGCCGUAACCUACCUCCUCGCCUUCUGUCUGAGCACAUGUGUGAUUGUUCACACUGUGCUGUACCAUGGACAUACCCUCCUCAGUGGGUUUAGGAAGAUUCGACCGGAGAACGAUGAUAUCCACGCCAAACUUAUGAGGAAUUAUCCUGAGGUACCGGAUUGGUGGUAUCUAUGCUCGUUUGGAUUGUUCUUUGCGCUUGCGAUAAUUGCCGUCGAGAUCUGGGAUACGAGCGUUCCUAUAUGGGCUUUAAUAUUGAGCCUUAUCCUUCCCAUCGUCUAUAUUAUGCCGAGUGGAUUUAUUUACGCGAUGACGGGUCAGGCUUAUAACCUGAACAUUCUAGCACAGAUCAUUCCUGGCACCUUGCUCCCCGGUCAACCUCUUGCCAACAUGGUCUUCAAAGCUUACAGCUUGCAGACACUGAGCGCAGGCAUCAACUUUACGCAAGACCUCAAGUUGGGACACUAUGUCAAGGUCCCGCCUCGGGCGACGUUCCUGGUUCAAAUGAUCGCUACCACACUUGCUGCGUUCAUCCAAGUCGGUGUCAAACACUGGAUCUUCUCGAACGUGAAGGACAUUUGUGACAAGAACCAGCCGAGCAAGCUUGUUUGUCCUCAUAGUCAGGUGUUCUACACAGCUAGUGCGAUCUGGGGUCUGAUUGGACCAACGCGGCAGUUUGGACCGGGAUCCCUCUACCACCCGCAUCUCUUCGCGACCAUCGUCGGUGUCUUCCUCCCCAUUCCAUUCUGGCUCUGGCGUCGUCGCUACCCAGACUCUUGGGUUAAAUGGGUAUCGACGCCUGUCAUUCUCAUCGGUGUAUCAUGGAUUCCACCCGCUACCGGCAUCAACUACAGCAGUUGGUUCUUGGUCGGGUUCAUCUUCCAAUACCUGAUUAGGAAGAGGAACUUUGCCUGGUGGAGUAAAUUCAACUACGUGCUGAGCAGCGCACUGGAUAGUGGGACCGUUAUUGCUGUCAUCUUCAUCUUUUUCACGCUUCAGUUCCCUAAGGACGGGAUUGAAGUCAACUGGUGGGGGAACAAUGUGUUCACAGGGACUGCCGAUUGGAGAGGGGAAUCGCUCCUCGAGGUGCCGGAGGGCGGUAUACCAUGGAAAAGCUGA